CUGUGUGUCAAGAGGGAAAACUCAAACAUUCACUGUAUGUUGUUUAUUCAGUUCAUACACUGAACGUCGAAACCACAUCUCCAUAUGACGGGAGAGGUUUAUAGAACCAUCCUGAUCUGGUGACUGGACUGGGAGAUACCAUAAUUAAGGAGAACGCUGUUGCAAAGAAGACUUCAAAAGAAGCAGUCAGGGAGCUCUUUAUGUGGCAGAUGGUCUCUCCACCUUGUGAUUUCUGUGUCUUCUAAUAUGCUCAAUCUCAUCAAGCUACCUCAAGUGUUCACCAUCAACCAGGUUCCAAAAGUCUUCCAUGAAGAUGGCAUCAUUUCAGGGUAUCGCCACCCAUGCAGCUCUGCCAAAGACUGCGUGCUAAGUCUUUUCCAGCUAACAAAUGAAACCCUCAAUAUUUGGACUCAUUUUCUGCCUACAUGGUUUUUCUUGUGGAAACUGCUGACGGUGGUGCUAGUGCAGGAGGACUGGCGGGAUCCUUUCACGUGGCCUUUCCUGGUGUUCCUGCUGUCAUGCUGUGUGUAUCCACUGGCUUCCAGCUGCGCUCACACCUUCAGCACCAUGUCUGAACGGGCCAGGCACAUCUGCUUCUUCUUUGAUUAUGGAGCACUCAGCUUCUACAGCCUUGGUUCUGCCAUCAUCUACUCUUCUUACUCAUUUCCAGAUAAAUGGGUUAAUGGCCCAUUUCACUUAUACUAUGUUCCUGUAGCUGUUGUCAACUCUGUUAUCUCCACUGCUCUUGCCUGCUACUCAAGACUUGGUUUACCAUUUUUUGAGUAUAAUUGCCACAGCAUUAAAAGACCUUCUGGGAAAUUGGAUCAGAAGCUUUGUAAAUGUCUCCGGAUAAUUGCGUUUGUUUAUCCAUAUCUCUUCGAUAACAUCCCCCUCUUUUACAGAAUCUUUGUGUGCGCUGGUGAAGGUUGCACUUUUAAUGAGGCCAAUACGGUUCACUAUCAGCACACAUCAUUGGCUUUCUUCACUGGCUUUCUUUUUGCCACACACCUGCCCGAACGACUGGCUCCUGGCAGUUUUGACUACAUAGGUCACAGUCAUCAGCUCUUCCACGUGUUCGCUAUUAUUGGUACAUAUUUCCAGAUGACUGCCAUUGAACUUGACAUGGCUGCAAGGAAACAGUGGCUUCAUGCUCAUUUGCCACCAGUCACCUUUCUAAACACAGUAGGAGCUGCUUGUUUUAGUGUGGUCAGCGGGCUUUGUAUAGUAUAUGUCUUCAGUCUGGCGCUUUUCUCCACCAGAGGUGUGAAGAACAAAUCGUUCUGAAAUUUGACAUUUGGUUUUGUCACAGCACAGGCCAACCAAGUAAGCUUCCUCUGAAAAAAAUUAUAUUGUAUAUAUUAUAGCUUUGUUCAGUGGCCUGCUUGAACUGCUUGAAAAGAUUGUAAUCUGGAGGAAUGUAAGUCUGUACAAUUUGUAAUUUGUUUAUAAAUGUUGUGCAUGUUUUUAUCUACUUGAAAUCACAUUCUUAACAUUUGCACUAUUUAAAAACACAUUUCCAUGUU